AAAUGCGUUACCAUAGCUGGUGUUAUUAGGGAUGGAGUCAACUUCCAGAGUACUCAGAAGUCAGCUUGUCUCAAAUUUCAAUAAUAUUUUUGUUUGUUCACGCCCGAUUGCUUCUUUUUGAGCAUGCCAUGCAAUUUGAGACCGGAGUUUGUGCAUGUGAAAAGCAUACCGUUGUGUCUCCUAAAGAGGAGGCGAAUUAUGAAUGUGGAGUCAGUCAGUUUCCAUCAUCAUCUUCGACAGAUAAAAAUCCACCUCCCAUUCCACCAAAAGCUUUUAAACAAAUCCCCCCUCUUCCUCCAAAACACACAUCUCGUCCACUUCGACAAAUAAAACAUAGAUGUAUAAAAUGUGAACCAAUUAUCAACUUGGAAAACCCAAAUUUUUCGCACAUUGGUCGCUUUCCAGACGUUUGUGCGGUAUGCAGGCGAAACGGUUUGCAUCCACACUCUACAUGUGACGUUGAUUCAAUCGAUAAACCUCAGAAACAUCCAAUCGACUCUUUACCGGAUCACGAGGAUGUAAACUACAAAAAAUGUCUUGAAUGCCCUCAAACACCUAACAGUAACAGUAUGAAGUUCCAGUACUCGUCGCAGCAAAAGAGUGAAACAAGUAGAUCAGGUAAAAUUUCAUCUGACGGGAAUGGUAAUUCCUGUUUGUUUACGUUCGAUAAAAAUAUUUCUAAUGCAAAAAUCACACAGCCAUCCAUUUGCAAACGGUUCGCAAAACGACAUAUCUGUCAGGGAGUCUUGAAACACCAAGAAGUUAAUUUAUGCGAGCUCGGAAGGGAUUCGAGCUCAACAUCUGACUUACCAGCAUCAAACUGUUCCUGCUCUGCAAAAAUAUGGGGUCCUAAUGGUGGUAAUAAACUAGACUCUAGCUAUGCAUCGAACCAAGGAUGCUUUUCCUCAGAAUGUCGUGGUCUCAAUUUAAUUUCAGAUCAUUCUGCUAGCCGGAAGAUUUCUCGGUAUCACCAGGAGCAAGUUGAUACAAACAAAACAAGGUGCGGCAGUUUACAAUGGAUAUCUGACACUUUCCAACGUAUAUUUCAUGCUUCAAAGAGCUUCAAAUCUCCUAAAACAAAUUUUCCCCACCCACCAGAUGAUUCCGUUGUAAAUGUAAAAAAUUUACCUCAUCUAAAUGAAGAUAGAUUUUGUAGGCGACUGAAACCACUUGUUCAUAAAAGGGAUCGCGAAUGGAAGACGGAUAUUUUCGAUCAGAAGUUUGGGGGUCGUUUCGUACAACAAAAACGUUCUUUCAGCUAUAAUAGUUCUUUUAUUGAAGGAGUCAGAUUUAGUUCAUAUAAUCAGAAUGGCUGUGAAUCUAAUGCAACUCUGAAUCCCCGUGUUGACCAUCAUUCACUUCCACCGAGAUCAGCAAACAGUCGGAGCUCCAUUAUUAAGUGUAGGAAUUCGCUUUUCAGUCCAGAUACAACAAAAAGACAUUUUGAGCGCCUUGAUAGUAUAAGCCCUUCAAACGGUCGAUUGAAACAGGUACAUGUAUCCAAAACUAUAGGAGCUUCCCAGUCCAGAUACCAGACUCCAAAUCAUCCAAAUAUGUGUAUAAACCAUAAAAGACCAGAGUCUGCCCUCGCAAUGAUUUGUGCUUGUUCCCCCUAUGUAUCCGGUCACGUGAACCCCCUUGAUUCUACUAGAGAAUGCUUUUCUUGUAUGGGAAAUCAUUCAUCAUCUACAAAAGUUCCAGCUUGUGGCUGUCCCAACCGCAAAAACCAUAGGUGUUGGUUAAACAGUUCUAAUUGUUCGGGUAUAUCGAAACCCCACAGCGGGAAAGAACAAAACAACGAUGAAGUUACUACUCCUCAGUUCAAUGAGGGGAUUCUUCCAUUAAACCCUGAUGUCUUACUGGUUAAAGAACAUGAAAAUAAUUCCAACUGUGAUACUACGAAUUCAAUUACUUCUCACCUUCCCUGUGAGAUUCCUGUCGAUUCCAACAAAAAGGUCUUAAAAUGCACUGAAGGUAUCGAAUUUGGGGCACAUCCAACUACUAUAAUUGACAAGAACGGUCAAAUUCAUCACGUCCAUCACAUACACCAUGUCCAUCAUGUUCACCACCACCAUCAUCACCACGAAUGUGCAGACGGUGUCUCCAAUGAUAUUGCAUCCUGUCCUCUUAGUCCAGUUACCAGUCCAGUUGUCUGUGACAGACAACGGCCACCGACAACAAUUGCAUCUGCCUUGGAAACGUGCACCGUAGAGGAAGCAAUAGUCAGUUCUCCAUCUUCCUGUCAGAAUCAGCAGGUUGGCGUUGCGGAACAAGUUUCUGUGAGCAGUUGUCAUACCUAUAACGCCUAUGAUGUUAGGGCGUCUGAUAGUAUAAGUACAGCGGCGCCCAUCAGCUCAACACGCACAUCUAGCCAAAGGUUGUCAUCUACGUUACAAGAUAGUCGAUCGUCAUUUCAUCGAAGUAUGUUAGAAUUGAGAAAGAUGGGCUGGUAUUGGGGUCCACUAAGUUUCCAAGAUGCUCAAUUUUUACUGGCUAAACGACCAGACGGUAGCUUUUUAGUUCGUGAUAGUGGACAUGACACACAUAUUUUAAGUUUAAGUUUUCGUGUACGUGGUGAAACUUAUCAUACAAGAAUCGAGCAUAAUCAAGGUAGAUUUAGUUUUUGGUCUCAACCACAAUCACAUAGUGCAAAUACUAUGGUGGAGUUUAUUGAAAAAGCCGUUGCACAUUCAGUCAAUGGUCAAUUUCAUUAUUUCCUACAAACUAGCGCCCAUGGUCAACCACCUGUAGAGGUGCCGUUAUUAUAUCCACUAUCCCGGUUUCAAGUUGUUGCCUCCCUUCGACAUUUAACACGUUUCACCAUUUUGUCUUAUAUUCGACGUGAUCAUAUUGAUCAAUUACCAUUGCCUAAGAUCACAAUCAAUUAUUUACUUGAAAAACAAUGUUACGUCGAAUCUUUAGAGGAUUUUGAAGAAGCUGUUCGAGAGCGACCACCAUUGGAAUUUCGUUCACGCUCAGCUAUGGUUGACUUUAAUUCACAUUUGACUUUACAAGAAUUGAAUAAUAACAACAGUAAUAAUAAUAAUAAUAAUAAUAGUAAUGGUCUCUCCCGAUUUAGUAAUAAUAGCAGUUCAACCAGUGAAAGAAGCAAUGAUAGUCGUCUGGCGACUGUUGGACAUAUGAAUUAAUUCAUGUCGGUGAUCAGAUAGUGUAUUGUAUUAUUCAAAUAUUGUCACUGAUUACCAGCAAAUUUCACAGCAAAUAGACUGAUACUGCUAUACUCCAAGUUCUAUUAUCACUACUAUCAUUAUAAUUACUAUUAAAUUUGUGUUGCCUUUUUUCCCCAACUUUCUAGGAAAAUAAUAGUAAUAAUAAUAAUAAUGUUAAUAACUUCUCGCUACGGUGAAUUUAAUAAAAUGAAAAUUGAACUAGUUCAUGUUCUUCUUUCUUUAUGUCUGUCUGUCUGUAUCUUCUUCAUACACACACUUCUACACCAACUAAAUUUUUUCUAGUGCAUUUUACCUUCGACUACACUACUUACUACGAGUGAUAACAUAGCACUGUGGCACUAAUAGUUCCUAUUAGGAAAAAAAUUAAACUUUUAUUUAUUUUCUUGUUGUUCGAUUAUAAAUAUUUUACUUCUCAUUAACAAUUUUCUUGUGUUUAUGUGUGUGAUUGUGUUUGUUUUUGUAUUAAUAGUUGUUUCUUUUACCUGCCUUUUCUCAUUUAUGGAACAAUAGAAUCUUUGUUAUAAGCUCCCUCUUCUCUUUUUGUUUUACUUUCUGGCUGAUAUCUUUUUUUUUUGUUGUCAAGCCAAUUAUGUAUGUACAUCUAGGCUCAAAACAUUUUUUUUUCUCUCAUAGAAAGUACAUUAGUUGUUUUGACUCAUUGUAACUUUACGGCAUAUAUAUAUAUAUUUAUAUAGAUAAUUUUAUACAAGUCUUAUAUUCAUUUAUAUGUUUAAAUAAAAGAUACCCAAUCCUUCUCUUUAUUGUUCCCAAUACUUCCAAUUGCACUAAUAAUUUCUUUUCAUUUUGUUAAUUUCUUCUAUCUUGCUACUCUGUGUUAUGCUAAUAUUCCACAUUUUAUUUGUUUUUGUUUUGUUUUCCCUACAAUGAAGCGCCAUCGUUUGUUUUUUUCUCUUAAUUUUAAAUUAAUUAAUGAAUGAAUUUUGAUUAUAAUUUGUAUAAAUGAAUAUUGAAAUUUGAUCCAUCAAUAGUUUGUUUGUUAGGCUUUUAGUUUCUUUCUAUACUUUUAUUGAAUUGUCCAAUUUUCUUAACUCUAGAAUGCAUCAUUUUAUAUUUAUUAUCAUGAGAAAUACUACUACUACUACUAUUACUACUUAUUUAUUGAGAAAAAUAAAUGGCAAUUACGAUUUUAAAGGUGUAUUAUUAUUAUUAUUAUUUCCAAUUAUAUUGAUAUCUAUGUAUAAACUAUAUAUGAUAAAUAACACUUCUCAUUUUCAACAAUUUCGGCUUUUAACUAUUUUUACUACUGUUAUUAUUAUUAUUAUUAUUAUUAUU